AUGGUUCAAAUAAUGUUGAAAAUGGGAGAUCGCGACGGUUAUCAAAGAGGGACUCGCGUUUAUGUCGGUGGUUUAUCACAAGGAACAAAAAAAGAAGAUUUGGAAUCGGAAUUUGAAAAAUUUGGAAAAUUAAACAAUGUUUGGGUUGCUUUCAAUCCCCCAGGAUUUGCAUUUAUUGAAUUUUCAAAUAAAACAGAUGCUGAAAACGCUUGCGAUAGUAUGAAUGGUACAGAACUUUUAGGGGGAAAACUUCGAGUCGAAUUGUCACGCAGUCGCGGAAGAGGAGGUUUCCGCGGAAACGGCGGAGGUAGUCGCGGUCGGGGAGGUUCGCGUGGUGGCAAUGGUAUGCCACCCAUGGGUUUUGGGGGUAGAGGAAGAGGAGGAUUUCGUUCUGGUGGUGGUGGUGGUGGUGGUGGACGAGGCGGUGGACCGAGACGCGGGGGAUUCGGUAGAGGAAGAGAUUUCGGUAGAAGUGGGGGCCGGGAUAAUUACGGUGGUGGUGGCGGCGGCGGUGGCGGUGUCAAUUACGGUAGCGGCAACGGAAAUUACGGUGCCGGCCGCAGUAAUUAUAAUGGCGGUGAUGGAUCCUCAUCAAGGUUUCGAAGUCGUUCACCUAUUAGUGCCGGGGGCGGUGGGAGUAGGCGAUAUUAA